CGGCCAAUCAGAUUCUCGGCAGCUCUGCGCUCCCUCCUCUGCAGGCCUCUCCUCUGCAGAUUGAAUUGCAGAGAAGAGGCCUGCAGAAUAGCCGACGGGAGGAGGAAUACUUUCACCCGAACUACGCUGUUGCAUCUGCGAAAAUGUCUAAUCGGGCAGAGUUUGAGAAGAUGGCAGAGGAUGUGAAGAAGGUGAAGACGAGGCCCACGGAUCAGGAGUUGCUGGACCUGUAUGGGCUUUAUAAACAAGCAAUAGUUGGAGAGGUUAACACCGAUCGACCAGGAAUGAUGGAUUUGAAAGGAAAAGCCAAGUGGGAUGCCUGGAACUCAAGAAAGGGAAUGUCCAAGGACGAUGCAGAGUCAGCCUACGUUACACUUGCAAAGGAAGUCGUCAGCAAAUAUGGCAUGUAAGACUUGUGCUAAAUGGAAGAGGCAAAAUUAAUGGAAAAAUGACUAAAUGUCUACUAACUUAAUAACUUAAGAAAUGUCCUUAUCUCUACAAGUAUCCUUCUGAGGCUACAAUUUCAAUGGAUAAAAAAAUACAUUUAAGAUUAAAAUUUAAUUUAAUUUUAACAGAGAUUGUUAAUUGAAUAAUUGAGAUACAUCCUAGGAGAAAAAAAAUCUUUCUAAUUGCUAUUCAUCUCAUUUAUGUAGUUUAUUCCUGCAAUCUCUAUUUGCAGUUUUGCACAGCAAUAUAUUGUACACACAUGAACUAUGAUAUGUAGCUUGAUUACUGAACAGGAGAGACUGAGUUCUGUCUAACAUGAAAAUAAAACCUCUGACAUUUUC